GGAGGCAUCAAGAAAUGAAAGCGAAAGUGUGAGCUGGUCGGGCAACGCAUCGGUUAAACCUGAAUCAUGAGUUUCUUCUUAAGGUUAAAUCUUUCCCUGAUUCUGUGCGCAGGUGUGCAUGGCGUCCCUCAGGUGUCCUGGCUGCCCUGUUCAUUUAGAGAUGAAAAUAAGACUCAGCUGGUCCACAGAGAGGCUCUGCUGCAGUUUGGUCAGAAAGGAGACGCUCCUGUUAACCCACAUCGCAUCACUUUCCUGGUCACUGGAUCUAAGCUGGACCUGAUGCGGUACUUAGAGGGAGUGGAAGCAGAGCAGGUGGAGUGUGAGAUUUAUCGAUUCAGCACACCUGGAAUCCAAGUCCGCUGGCCGGUUAAGGGGGACCAUGAGUACAGCCGCUGGUUCACCUGCACCCUGAAACACACAGGGGGCCUGUUCAAAGUCACCGGCCUCCUUAGACACCCAACUGACCAACCCCCCUCAGGACGGCCAGACUAUCACAGCUGGACUGAAAUAAAAGACACAGACAUCCUCACAACAACAGUCGCCCUGGUCACUGAAACACGAACUCCGUCAGUGAGCGCACGCCUGAGCUCCAAACAAAAGCUUCACUGUCAGUUUGCUGUUGACCAUAAAGCACCUCACGUUACUGUGGAGUGGCAGUGGCAUCAGCAUGGAAGGAGAGACAAGCUCUUCAGCUACAACAGCCGCACGGGACAGACCCAGGGGAGCGGGGUCUCCCUGAAGAACCUUGCACACGGGGAUGCUUCUUUAACCAUUCCUCGCACCAAUAUGAGCCAUGAGGGGAAGUACUUCUGCUCUGUGUCCGUGAAUCCACUGUUAGUGAAAAUGGAAAUAAAUCUGCAUAUCGAAGAGGCUCCUCGUGUCUCCCUCAACGUCGGCCCCGCUCUCUCUCUGCAGGAGGGCGAGGAGCAGAAGAUAUCUUGUGUGGUGGAGGGUUACUACCCUCUGGAUGUGGAGACAAUUUGGUACAGUGAGAAACUGUCUGCAUCGGGCCAGAAGGGGGGUGUGUCUCAUUCCAAGGUUUCCUACAGCGUCCAGCGGACCGGCCACAUUCAAAACAAGGAUGACACCUACAAGCUGACGGCUUCCUUCUACCUCACGGCCUCGCUCAGGGACACAGGGAGAGAGUUCACAUGCAGCGUCUCACAUCAGUCCCUCAGAGAGCCCAUCAUAAAGGGCUUCACCCUGACUGUUACUGAGCCGAGCUUCUGGGUGGUGUACCUCGCUGUUGACUUGUUUUUGGUGUUCCUCGUGUACAAGAUGCUGCCUUAUCUGAUAAGGCGAGGAAAAAGAAAAUCAAUGCAGAAGCUGUACCGAGCAGCUCUCAAACAGACCAACAUGAAGGAGGAAGAAAGUCUUUUACAUUAAACUUGUUGUUCUCACUCUGAGACAGCACUUCAGGGGUUAAAAUGGGACGCUCUCGAAGGUAACAUGUCGAGGUUUUGACUUCUAGGAGUGCUGUGGAGCAGAACUCAAGGUGGUCAUUGUGACACACACACUACUGCCCACCACAGACUGUAAAUAUUUAUGGAUGAAGCCUGAGUGACGUCAGCCAUCUGUUACAGCCGGGGGCUCUGGAGGCUCACCGACGUCAGCCGCCAUGUUGGAAGUGCUGACUCAGCAUAACUUUCAGUCAACCUAACAACUGGAAAGCUGGAGCUGAGGCGGGUUUUAAACCUUAAGACAAACAGCUACACCAGGCCCACAGUCAGUCUGGUCAGCUACACGACUAACUAUGGAUAACGUGUAUCGGAAAUAGAACAGAUGUGUUAUAAAAAUAUUCCCCCCCCCCCCCUCCGUACAAUGUGUGCCCAUGAGGACAAUAACAGAUCAGACCUAUAAUUUCUUUUUCGUACAAGGCUGUAAACAUUCUGCUGUAAAAACAGAUUUUUUUUUGCCUGUCAUGUGACUUCCAGUGCUUCUGGAGAAAGCCUCAAGCGGACACUCUGCAGGAUUUUGCACUUCCGCACUGGCUUCAUUUAUAAACAGCUGCAGUUGCAGCUUGCUGUCCACAGUGCCACACUCCUCCACUGAUCAACAGGUGACACGAUGGGAAGUUGCUCAAAGAUGUCUCAAAUGUUGAAACUGAGAAGAGUUUUUGUUCUUAGAAAAUGAUAUGCCCACUUGAACUUGAUGCCAGCAGCAUGUUGCAAAAAUGUUGGGACUCCUGUUUACAUCUCUUUAGCAUCACUUUUUUCUUUUAACACCACUCUGUCAGCGACCUCAGGACCAGUUUCUGUAAAUGUUACAGUGGAAUGUUUUAUCAUGCUUACUUAAUGUUGGAUUUCAGCUGUUCAACAACUCAGGGUCUCCUUAGUCUGAAUGUAAUAUGAUUGAUAAUAGAUGUGAAUUAAAAAAAAAUAUAUGAUUGAUAAUAGAUGUGAAUUUAAAAAAAAGAACACGUAUGUAAUAUUUGAGGUUCUGUAAAAAAAAAUUGGGGUGAAUUUUAAUAUCCAGGAUUGAUUUGAGGACAAUGGGUGAAAUAAGAUUUAUUGAUUUAAUAAAAACUACAAGAAAGCACUAA